AUGUUUGUUGUGGCAACAUUGGAUGACACAGUCUCGAUUGCACCACAUUUAUUCAAUGAACAAUUGAGUACGAUUGUCGCCGAAGAACUCGAUCGCAAACUAGCGAACACAAUCUUUCAGGAAUUAGGCUUGUGUAUUUGUUUGUAUGAUAUUUUAUCUAUGGGUGAUUGCAUCCUCUUGCCAUCAGAUGCUAAUUUUCAUAUCAAAGUCAAAUUUCGUUAUGUCGUCUUCCGUCCAAAUAUCGACGAAAUACUUGUUGGUAAAAUUCGCUCAUCGAGUAAAGAUGGUAUUACAGUGACGUUAGGCUUUUUUGAUGAUAUACUCAUUCCAUCGACUAAACUUCAACAUCCAUCACGCUUUAUCGAAGCAGAACAAACAUGGGCAUGGCAAUAUGAAACCGGCGAUGAAACACAUGAUCUUGUCAUGGAAAUUGGAGAAGAAAUCCGUUUUCGUGUUGUACAGGAAAUUUUCGAAGAUACGGCACCGAAAGAGUCUCCAAACCCGGGUGCAUCCAUAACUCAAACUGCUAAUGACGAUGAUAAAAAAAUACCUUAUACAAUUAUUGGCUCAAUAUCUGAACCAGGUCUAGGACUGAAAUCAUGGUGGAUUGAAACAUCUUGA